UUCAAGGUACGCUACUGUUUAUCAGGCAUUUGUUUUUGCUCGCUAAUUUAACGCCUUGAACGCAAUGGUGGUUGAAAAGCCUGCACUUGUGUCCUUGCUCAUACACCUUCUACAGUUCUACUGUCUUGGUACGCCCAUCAAACGUUACACUGCCAGGCUUACAUCCGCGACACGCGGUACGCAGGGCCAACCGGCCAAGUACUUGGUGGUCUCUCAUGCUGGCACGAUUCAGUUUCCGAAGGGUCCCCAAAAAAGCCUUCCUUGUUGGGUCAUGCCGGCACGCAGCAGCCUUUGACACGCAGAGAGCAGCAUGACCAAACUGCCCUCCCGUCCAGGCUCCACGCCCCCCAGAAGAGUCCGGCCUCCCGUCCUUUAACUAACUCCCAGUGCCCUCCAUGCCGUGGAAGCUCGCUCGGCUCUCACUCUCACUUGGCUUCCCCAUCCACAGGAGAGGGGAAUGUAGUAACAGCUUGAUGUGACCUCACUUCUCCUCCGCUCCCCUCUCCUCUCUCCUGACUCCUGUCGCCCGACGCCACUGGUCCGCGCCAGCCCAGAUGUUUCUCCACUCCCUCCUGGUGCAGAAAAUGGCAAAGAACACGCGGCAGCCAAGAAAGGAUGGCGGCGCGAGAUCGAGCGGCCGGAGGUCCCCGUGGUACCAGCGCGCGGUAGAGGUGCUCCUCCUCGUCUGGAAGCAGCCGGCGCCGGCGCCGGCGACGAAGGCCGCGGCGGCGUCGGGGGUGACGGCGGCCUCCGGCAAGGGCGGUGUGGCGCCGGGGGGACCGGGGCCCGGGCGGCUGCGCAAGUCGUCGUCGCUGAACGUGGCGGCGUCGUUCACGCGGGUGUGCCUGUGCGCGCCCAUCUCCUCGUACAACAGCGAGUCGCUUUACUGCUUCCAGGCCGACGCGGCGCCGCGGCGGAGCUACAGCUACCCGCGCGCGUCGUCGGCGUCGGCGUCGGCGUCCGGGUGCGGGGUCAGCCCGCUGGUGGCCCCGCCGCCCGCGGCCGAGCAGGCCGCCUCAGCCGGUGGCCGGGGUCGGCCGGGCGCGGGCAAGGGCGGCGGCGGCGAGGGCGGAGCGCGGCGGGUGUUCCGGGGCAAGUCCCUGACGGACGACAUCCUGAUGCGGCGGUUCGUGGUGGACGAGGAGGCCACGCGGCGGCGCAACGAGAUGGAGGUGAUCCGGCGGCGCCACGCGGCGGCCUCCAAGCGCCGGCGGCUGGGCCCCAGCCCGCUCCGCCGGAUGGCGCUGGCGGAGUCGGAGUCGGAGGCCGAGGAGGAGCCUAAAGCGGCGCCGGCCGCGCCGGUGCAUGCAGCUGGACGGGGAACGGACAAUUCCGUCGCUGCGGCAGUAGCGUAGCAUGGCGAGGCCUUCCCGUGUGAUGGUUUGGAUUGGUUUCGCCGUCGCCUCUAUUUUUUUCUCUUCUUCCUUUGUCUUCUUCCUCUCCCGCUGUUGCUGCCUGUCAUGAGCUGCGAGGAGGAGGAGAAUCUGAAGCAACGCACAGUUUUUAAAACA